AUGGCAGAAGAAAUCGCGACCGCUUCCGGAAUUCCUGUUCCUGACAAGGCAUUGCGAGAUUUGGCCAAAAAUGUGGCGAAGAAAUUGCCCAAUUUCGCGGAGAAAGAGCCUGCAACUGCUCUGAAAGAACUUCAUUCUAUUCUCGCUCCUAUUUUGGAGACCGCAGACCUACCAGAUCUAGAGAACAGUCAUCGGGCAGCCGCAUCCAAUGCCUUGUGUGGAAUUAUUGAGUAUUGUGCGGCUUCCGACUGUGCGUAUGCACGAGAGGCAAUCCUAGAUGAUUCGAUAUGGAUGAGAACAUUCAACAUCUACCUCCAGCGGUCUGGAGAUGCAAAGGGCAAGUCGAUGAGGCAGAUGCUUUUGGUCCUCACGAAUGUCGUUACUAAAGACCAGAGUCCGCGUGCAAUCGAACUUCGAAGACGAGCCACCUCGUCUUUCCUGGACAUUACGUGUGAGCGAGAGGAUCGUAUCAAAGUCAAACCAGCUUUGCAAGGCCUUGCGCAUUUCCUACUUAGGGACGUCAUCUCCAUCACGGAGUUAAUCGGAUUGUUUGACGAGCAGCUAAAGCGCACAUCAGACGCAGUUCAGAGCCCCGUGACUUCAAGGACAGUGUUCAAAUCUUUCCUUGCCUGGGUCGUUCACCAUGAUACUGCUCUUUCGGCGGGCCAUCUGAUCAAGAACUACCUACUUCAGGCUCGACGUCUCGCAGACUAUGACGAGCAAGCCAACAAUGACUCGGUCUCACCAUUCUGGAUAGAGCCGGUAGCGCAGACGUUGCGCGAUUGGCCGGAUCGGAUUCAGGAGUUCAGAACUCACGUCUUCCCUCACUGCUUUCUACCUAACCUUUCGGAGUACUUGAGAUUCCUCGCAUUCCUCCAUUUUGAGUCCCAUGUUCCACACAAGAAUACGUUGCCUCGUCAACUGAAUCAAGCCGGCGGUCAUGCAUCGACUCUCGAGGGACUCGAAGAGUUCAGAAUAUUACUAGCAGCAAUCGCAACCGGGAAGGAACUCAACAUUGUAAAGGAUAACGAUUAUAGAGUUCAAAGUAAUAUCGAAAUCCGCGAUGGAGCACUUUAUUUACCGGACGACAUUCCCGGUGCCUGGAUGGCGGACCCGGAGGCUGAAGUCAGACUUGCAGGCAUGUUCCUUUGCGUAUACUCUACUUCCGUUACGAGAGCUAUCAGUGGUGGCGUCUUACAGGCUCUUAAGCGUAACCUCUUCCACCUGCAUACAGAUACGGACGCGAAUUUCCGCCGAGAGGUUCAUGGCUAUACACAGAAACUCUUUGACCGUCUCAGGGCUAGCACAGCGACUCUCGCAAAGUCAAGGUCGAAGAGCAGCGCAUCUAGCCAAACACGCCUCCCGUUCCCGAAAGCAAGCUCCAGUCCACAUAAUUCAGUAACACAAUUUGGACGACACGAUCCGCUUUCUGAAUCCUUGAAUUUCAUCGUCUGGUACAUGCAGUUUCUCGAGUGGGAGCUACGCCCAACUGCAUCUUAUCAGAGUCGCAUUACUGCACUACGUUCGAUUAUCAUUGUAUUACGAUCUGGAAUAGAUCCUGGGGUAUCGUUCACCAGUCUUUCCAAGUCCGCGCAAGGGCAGCUCAACUGGGCUCACGAACUUCAGAUUGGAAACACGAAACUUUGCCGAUCGUUGCUUGACCUGAUCUUAGAUCCCUUCGACGAUAUUCGAGACGCAGCUGUAUCAGUUUUGCAGCUAUGUCUAGUUGCGCUUCCUCGGGCUGAUCAAGAACGCACCAUGGCAAUGAUUCCUCGCUUCCUUGCGAGAGCGGAAGCUACAAUGCUUCGGACGGGUCGAGCAGAUCAAGCAGACGGAGUUGCUCGUGCCUACGGGAUGGUGUUCGCAUUGGCCAGCGACAACUCAAACACUUUCGCUGGCUCAAACUUUUGUUCGAAGCAGAGUCUGUUCGAACAUCUAAAAACACAACUAAAGGAUACCUUAAAUCUGGCUCACAACGAUCUUUCACAAGCCGUCGAUGGUCGGCCUGUACAUGGCACCUUUGCUGCGCUACGCUAUGUAGUUGAUCAGCCGGACUUCUACCCUUUCAUCUCGAGUUUACCAUCGGAUGUGUUUGCAAAUUGGAAAAAGUCCCACAGCGACAUCAUAACAAGCAUUGAGAGUCUUUGGUCUUGCGUCUAUCACGUCUUGUGUGCGGAUGCACCAGAAGGCCAUGUUCCCGACGAAUUGGAAGACGAGAAUAGUCUAGAUACAAAAGAGAUUCUAAGCUAUUCAUGGAGGGGACUGAAGGAGGCCAGCGUUCUAUUACGAACUGUCAUUCUUAAAGCCCCUGUAGGCGAUGGAGACGGCGACCUUGUCAGCCCGGAGCUCUUUGAAAAGCUGGGCAGACUCUGCUUUACUCAGCUGCUUGAACUUCGUCACCGCGGUGCAUUUUCGACAGUAUCUCAGACGUUUGCGGUCUUUUGUCGCCGUUGUGUUACCUCAAGUACACCCUCAAUACGCGCGCUGCCAGAGAUGUGGUACCAGGAAACCCUUCGAUCCAUCCAAGCAAAGUCAGACGCCAUCACUAGGAGAUCUGCGGGUAUUCCAGCAGCCAUGUCCGCAUUACUAGCAGCAGAACCCCAAGCAGGAGGCAAGCUCUUCCCACGAGCCAUCAAAGAUCUUGUGGCCGAGACCUUGGUAGCAGCGCAAAGUACGAAUAUAGAGGAAAGCCGUCUUCCUCAAGUACAUGCCCUCAAUUGCAUCAAAGAGAUAUUCACAACCUCCAAGCUGAGUGUUGCGUCAGAGGCAUAUAUCGGACAAGGUCUCGAGCUUGCUGCUAAAACCUUGAGCUCUCCCAUAUGGCCUCUUCGUAAUUGUAGCUUGAUGUUGUUCAAAGCUCUGAUCGAACGACUACUCGGUAGCGACGAAGCACAAGACUGGAAGGAGCGAGAGCGAGCUAAGACCUCGCGCUUCUCCUACGACAACUACCCCAGCCUAGUGAAGAUCUUAAUCGAGCUGCUCGAGCCAAGUAGUGAUGUCAAGAUUAUGGAGACACCCGAAGCCGGCAGUUCCCCGAUGGAUCUCCAUGGCGCCGAAGGCGUUUUCCCCGCCCUCCAGAUUUUGCGUCAAGCCCGACCACCGGGAGAUCUUUCUAAGAUUCGGGGUCUAGUGAGAGACUUGCUCCUAAGCCCACAUUGGCAUAUGCGGGAUAUGGCAGCUAGGACGUAUGUAUCACUGCGCGCUACAAACGAAAGUCACGAUGAGCUUUCUCCCAUUCUAGACACAGUCCCUAGCAACCACAACGGGCAACAUGGGAGUCUCCUAGUGGUGAAGUACCUGCUGAGGAAACUGCUGAGGGAUGAAACUCAAUGUACGAUGCAACACUUUGGAACCUUGAUGAAGCAGCUCGGGCAACAUGCAACGAGUUGGUACGUGUCGAGCAAUUGUCCAUUCGUACGAGCCGCCUUCCUUGACAUCGUAAGCAUUUGCGGCAUGGCCAUGCUCCGGAGGGCAAACGCUAUCUCAAUACUCGAUGCGUGGAUAGACCUCACUACGUCUAUAACCAUUGGACCCGAGUACAAAAUUGGGCCUAGCGACCGUCACGGCGACGAUUUGCUCCGGACAUCUCUUGCACAAGUGUACAUCAUCGAUCGCGUGAUUCUGCGCGAAGAUUCGCUUCAGCUCAUGGUUUCGGAUGAUCACCAAACCAUCGGCAAUGCACUCAUGCUUCUCGCAACCGAAGAUCCGGAUACCUGCAUGGAAGCCUUGGAAACGCUGGACACUACACUGCAGACGAAGACCUCCCACGACUUGACCGUUCCGCUCUCGCUAGUCUUAGCGCACAUCCAUCGCGUAGUCCUAGAAGCCGCCGAUCCAGAAAUCAUCUCGAAGGCGCAAGCAGUGCUAGCCGAAGCUCUCACCAACGACAACCUGAAGAGUGAUUUCUUCAGCUUGGUCGCGGAAGACCAGAUUAUUCUCACCCUCACUAAGCUGGAAACACAAUGCGUCCAAGGCCCACCAUCGAACAUGCAAAGCGCCCUACAUCUGCUAGGUUCCUUCCUCGACCAUGCGUAUCAUACGUACCCACUUCGCCGUACCGAAAUCCUAACAGCAAUCGGGCGUUACAUCCGCCUCCUACGCAUGACGACCAUCGACACAAACCCCUUCGAUACCCGUUUCGCCGCUGUCCAAUCCCUUUCCGCACUCAAGUUCAUCUUUACCUUGGCUCCGAACGGGAAAGUAAUAGGAUCGCUGGUCCUCGGUCUGGCAGUCGUUCUCUACGAUCUCCUCAACGACGAUGAUGAUGAGAUUCGGGAUUUAGCUGCUACUACAACAGGCUCCUUCCUGCGCUUACAAGGCAACCAGACCUUCAAAGACACAGUGCCGAUAUCCACGACGCAUCAUCUUGCAGCUUACCUGGUAACUGCGUUUUCCAACUCACAGCAUCUGGCUAAAGAGGCGGUACGACGUCUGACAAGCACACCUUCGCCUAAUCCUUGCUUCUCGAUAUCCUUCGCCGACACGUUCGCUCAGGAAAGGCAAGAAGACACAUCGCUUUUUGCGCAAGAGAAGCAAAAUCUGUACAAAGACGAUACACUGGAUACUAUCCUCUGGUCCCGUAUCCUCUUUUCCUUGUCACACUCCGCUGUUCCAGAGACCCUGCGCACUGGGUUGACCAACUGGGUGCUCGAUGGUAUCACGACACUUACGCAGACUGCAGAGAAGGAAGGCGAUGGCGCGCUUGGAUGGAGUACAAAAUCUGAGGUGUUCACGCUUGGUAUGCGGAUUUUCUGUGCGAGUGAAGUAGUGAUGAGAUGGGGUGGUAGGGAGAGAACGGAAGUGGUGAAGAAGAUGAGGAUAUUUGCCGACGUGGGUGUUGAUAGGGGUGUUCAUGGCUUGUGGGUUGAGAGGACUGAGAGCGUAUUGAGCAGGGAAGUGGUAAGGAUGUUGAAGAGGGUUAACGAAGGUCUGUUGGAGCUUAGGACGUAA